UCGCGCGGGAGGGCGUCAUUUCCGGGGCGCCGUGCUGCCGCGCCUGCGCAGAAGGAAGAGGCCUCCAUGAGCGGCACAGGGGCGGCGGGAAGCGGCGGGGAAGGCGACCCCAGCCCUGGCCCCCAAGCUCCGGCGCCGGCCGCCGCGGAGCCCCCUUCCUCCUCGGGCAAAAGCGGCAGCCCCGCGGCGCCUUCCACCGGGGAACGCUCCGGAGGCGGCUCCGGUUGGGGGUCUCCGCCGCCGCCGCCGCCGCUCCUGGCUCCCCUGAGAGGCGCCCCUCGGCCCUCCCCGGCCCCGUCCUCCUCCGAGGGACCGCCGUCUUCCUCUUCCUCCUCCUCUUCCUCUUCCUCCUCUUCGGUGCCCAACGGGGUCUUCGCCGCCAACGGAGGAGGGGAGGCCAAGACGCCCACCGCAGCCCCGGCCACUGCCCCGCCGCCGCCGACGACCCCGGCUCCCCCUCCGGCCGCCUCGGCCUCGGCCGCCUCGGCAGCAGCAGCACUAGCCGCCGCUUCUCCCUCGUCCUCCUCCGGCGCCCCCUUGGUCGACUUCCUCCUCCAGCUCGAGGACUACACCCCCACGAUCCCAGAUGCUGUUACAGGCUACUACCUGAAUCGGGCCGGCUUCGAAGCUUCCGAUCCGCGCAUCAUCCGCCUGAUCUCCUUAGCUGCCCAGAAGUUCAUCUCAGAUGUGGCCAACGAUGCCCUCCAGCACUGCAAGAUGAAGGGCACAGCUUCAGGCAGCUCCCGCAGCAAAAGCAAGGACAAGAAGCACACACUGACCAUGGAGGAUCUGGUCCCUGCCCUCUCCGAGUACGGCAUCAAUGUCAAGAAGCCCCACUAUUUCACCUAGUGUUCCUUUGUGGGGAUGCUGGGUAUUGCAGCAUUAAAGACCUUCUCUGUAAUGUA